AUGUUUAAUGGGAUUUAUGAUUCAUGCCUUCACUCUGGUACUGGGCUACAUAUCAUAUCUAGUCUAAAUGAAACCCACGUUGGCGACUUUGUUGAAGGCCUCGGUCCUGGGCAGCUGGUCGGUCGGCAGGUGUUAGGUAUGCCGUGCCUCGGAGAAAUUCAACUCAGCUUCGUGGAUCGCAAAGGCCGACUCGAAGUGGAAGUGAUACGCGCCAGGGGAUUGCAGCAGAAGAAUAAUGCCAAGACAUUGCCAGCGCCCUACGUCAAACUGCAUCUUCUGGAGGGUAAAACAUCCGUUGAAAAGUUGCGCACAGCGACACCGCCAAGGAGAACACUUGACCCUCUUUAUCAACAGCAACUUUCGUUCACAAAUCCAUAUCACGGAAAGAUACUCCAGGUAAAACAAUGA